AGAAAGAUAUAUUCAUUCAGAUACGUGGACGAAAUCCUAAACAUGUUAAAAUUUACUUUCUUAGCUUUCUUUGCCUUUUAUGCUGCCUCAUCAAGUUUUGCCGUGAAACUACGCUACACAGAUUGUGGGUCAUCUGCAGAUGUUCAUUCGAUAACUUUGGAGCCAUGUUCUCAGGAUCCGUGCGUCAUACACCAACAGCAGAAUUAUACAGCUCAUAUCAGUUUCACACCAAAGGCAAACCACGACAAAGCAUAUAACUUUGCUACAGGAAUUAUCUUUGGAAGCCCGCAGCCAUUUGCAGUGUCACCGAAAGACGCUUGUGGUAAUGGCGUACAUUGUCCGUUACAGGCUGGUCUGAUACAAACUUAUACUGCAAGUGUAUUAAGUCCUAUCACUGAUCCGAAACGUGUUGCCGCAAAGUGGGAGGUAAAAGACGAGAAUGAUCAAGACAUCAUUUGUUUUGUAUUUCCGGUUGUAAUAGUAUGGAAUAAAUUCUGAAGUUAU